AUACGUACUGAUGCGACAACAUCAAAUCAUGUUUUGUUUGACUAUCGUUUUCCCCAUCAAUAAUUCAGAUCGGGACUCCUAGAUAAGAAGGUGUUUUAUUUUACUUGGAGAAGAGCGAACUACAGGGACUGGUGGACUUUAAGGUGCAAUGCAAUAUUUUCUGCAGGAGGUUCUGCUAAUUCGUACUGGGAUAUCCAGAUGUAGAACAGAUUAAGUGGAGCUGCUUUUCGCUCGUACAGCAGGAACCCGAGGAGGAGGAAACGAAGUGUGUUGCGGGAGUGCGGCAGGGCGAGAAGGUUUAGUCCCGAGCUUUUGUUGGGCUUGUUGGUUUAUCGGCGUGGCCGUGUUGGAGACAAUGCUGUCCAUGGUGCUGAUUGCAAUGGGGGCUCUGGCACUCUGUACCGUGCCGGUGUUCGCUCAGAACGACACGGAGCCCAUAGUCCUAGAAGGCAAGUGCCUGGUGGUUUGCGACUCCAACCCGACCGGUGACUCCAAGACAUCCUCCUCCUCCCCGCUUGGGAUUUCUGUCCGCGCUGCAAACUCCAAAGUGGCAUUUUCCGCCGUCAGGAGCACCAACCACGAACCAUCUGAGAUGAGCAACAAAACUCGGAUCAUUUACUUCGACCAGAUUUUGGUGAACGUGGGUAAUUGUUUCACCCUGGAGUCAGUCUUUGUAGCUCCAAGAAAAGGCAUUUACAGUUUCAACUUCCACGUUAUCAAAGUAUACCAGAGUCAGACGAUCCAGGUCAAUCUUAUGCUAAAUGGUAAACCAGUAAUUUCAGCCUUUGCUGGGGAUAAGGAUGUGACUCGUGAAGCUGCCACUAAUGGAGUCCUGUUGUACUUAGACAAAGAAGACAAAGUAUAUCUGAAACUGGAGAAAGGUAACCUGGUUGGAGGAUGGCAAUAUUCAACAUUUUCUGGCUUCUUGGUUUUCCCUCUGUAAAGACCAACUGAAUACCCUUGAAUCCACAUACGUAAUUUUCUUGAUAUGAACUGAUUGUCCUACAUGUUGUUUUUGAGGAUUAUUUAAAAAUUGUGGAUCAUUGUUCCAAAUCUUAAUCUGGACUAUACCUGGUCGUAUGAAGCUAACAGUCUGGUGGAUCUGAAUUGUCCGUUUUCUUUUCCAAACCGCUUUAAAGACCUUUGGAAGAAAAGGGAAGUUUUCAGUCCCUUAUCUCUUCCCUGCAAACCGGAUAGGACUUAAAGUAGGGUAAACAAAUGGUACAUACCCUUGCUGCAGUGGAUGUAAAGUGAAACAGUUUGCCUGUAACAUUAGUGACAAAUUGUCUGGACUGAAUACGUCUGUGUACCUUCACAAAUAUUAUUUUGCCUUUAACAGCCUUGCUAAUAAGGUUAAAUGCAUUUAAAAUGGCUUAAAUUUUUGUUCUGUUAUUUAAUAUAUCAGAAUGAGGAGAACAAUAUACUAAUUUACCAUAAAUGUAUUGUGGAUUUGGGAUGCAAUAUGUUCAUUACCAUGCUAUGUAUGCUUACAUUGCCUUAAAAUACAUGGAAAUAGAUGUACACUUCUACUUUGUCAUAAUGUAUUCUUAAUAUUGAAAAUUGGAUUGUUGCUUUAGGUUUUCAAUGCACUCUACCCGAGGAUUCUCUUAUUUUGAAAUUAAAUGAUUUUAGACCAAAUGAACUUUAUUAAUUACAUUCAAGAAUAUGAGCAGAAUACUGUGGAACAAUAUUAUUUGCUUAAUGGUACAGAUGUUAUGCCGCCUUCAGAACAUUUAAUAUCAGAGAGGAUUUCCAGCUGAUGCAGUUUGAAAGUGGUGAAAAUAGCCACAUAUGGUAGCAUUGUUUCUGGCACAUGCAUGUAAACUUGAAAUGACUAUACACGGAGUUAACAUGUGGGAAAAGGUCAAUAAUAUCCCAACUCUGUUUAUUGUUGCACUUUCUUUUCAGUUCAUGACUCAUUUACUGUUGAGAAAUGAGAGG